AUGGAAUUCAGUUUAUCUCAUAUAAUAGUAUCUCGUGAAUCUGAUUCAACCAGUGAUAGGGAAAAUUUAGUGAAAGAACUGCUUAUUAAUGAAGAAGACUGGGAUGACAGCACUGUAAGUAAUGUUAUAUCAAAAAUGAGAAUUCAAAACAAGCUAGAAGCAGCAACAAGGCGCGAGAAGGCUCUGGCUUAUGCUUUUUCACAACAGUUAAGAAUCUGCUCGAAGAGAAAACAAAUCAAAUCCAACAGUAACGAAACCGGCUUGGGCUGGAGCUGGCUAGAACGAUGGAUGGUGACUCGUCUGCUAGAAAGUACCAUGACGGAAGACCAAAUGUACAAGCAAAUUGAGGCAGUUAGUGGUCACCAAACAAACGGGAUGAGGAAGAGAUUGCUUGAUGUAGCAAUGGAAGAGAAGGAGAGUUGUGGAUCUAACGAUGUCUCUCUACGCAUUGAAGUCAGAUCUGUAGCUGCGCCCAAGGAUAUCCCAAGGCCUACCAAGAAUAGGAUUAAGACAACGAGGAAAAUCUCCAAACGAGAUGCAGCAUCUAGCUACCUCUGUCCAAGAGAAUCAAAGGAUAGCAAGAAAGUAUGUCAACUUGUGGAUGGAAAAGAUAAGAUGAAAAGGCCAAAGCAGACAUGA